AUGACCCCUGAGGAUCAGGGGGAGAGGCAGCCGCUCCUGGGGCUGCCCAGCGGCAGCGUCCCCCGCAGUCGCCGGGUCUUCCUCGCCGCCUUUGCAGCUGCCCUGGGCCCGCUCAGCUUCGGCUUCGCGCUCGGCUACAGCUCCCCGGCCAUCCCAAGCCUACGGCGCGAAACGUCCCCAGCCCCGCGCCUCGACGAUGACGCCGCCUCCUGGUUCGGGGCCAUCGUGACCCUGGGCGCCGCGGCGGGGGGCUUGCUGGGCGGCUGGCUGGUAGACUGCGCCGGGCGCAAGCUGAGCCUCUUACUCUGCACCGUGCCCUUCGUGGCUGGCUUUGCCAUCAUCACCGCGGCUCAGGACGUGUGGAUGCUGCUUGUGGGCCGCCUCCUCACCGGCUUGGCCUGCGGCAUUGCCUCGCUAGUGGCCCCGGUGUAUAUCUCCGAAAUUGCCUACCCAGCAAUCCGGGGGCUGCUCGGCUCCUGUGUGCAGCUGAUGGUCGUCACAGGCAUCCUCCUAGCCUACCUGGCAGGCUGGAUCUUGGAGUGGCGCUGGCUGGCGGUGCUGGGCUGCGUGCCCCCCUUACUUAUGCUGCUGCUCAUGUGCUGCAUGCCCGAGACCCCACGCUUCCUGCUGACUCAGCACAAGCGCCAGGAAGCCAUGGAUGCCCUGCGGUUCCUGUGGGGCUCAGAGCAGGGCUGGGAAGAGCCACCUAUCAGGGAUGAGCACCAGGGCUUCCACCUGGCCCAGCUGAGGCAGCCUGGGAUCUACAAGCCUUUCAUCAUUGGCACUUCACUGAUGGCCUUCCAACAGCUGUCAGGAAUCAACGCCGUCAUGUUCUAUGCAGAGACCAUCUUUGAGGAGGCCAAGUUCAAGGACAGCAGCCUGGCCUCAGUCAUCGUGGGCGUCAUCCAGGUGUUGUUCACUGCCGUGGCAGCACUCAUCAUGGACAGAGCUGGACGAAGGCUGCUCCUGGCUUUGUCAGGUACGAUCAUGGUGUUCAGCAUUAGCACCUUUGGCGCCUACUUCAAGCUGACCCAGGGUGGCGCCAACAACUCCUCUCACAUGGCCCUCUCUUCGCCCACCUCCAUGGAGCCUGUCGAUGCCAGUGCUGGACUGGCCUGGUUGGCUGUGGGAAGCAUGUGCUUUUUCAUCGCUGGAAGUCCUCAGGCCCUACGGCGCCUUCUGGCUCGCCUCUGCAUUUUGCAUCCUCAGCGUCCUCUUCACUGUGUUCUGUGUCCCUGA